AGUCGCGUGUGUUACAUCACAUCAAAAAGAACAAAAAUGUAUUAUAUCGUAGCUAUCGGUGGUAUCAUUUUGUUAUGGACGCUCCAAAAUUAUUGGAAAUGGCACAAAGAAAUCGUGCAGCACAUCGAAAAAAUUCAAGGACCCAAAGCUUAUCCGUUUAUUGGGACUUUACAAAUAUUUUUUGGAGCUAAAAGAUCUGAUAUGUUUAACAGGGUUAAAGAAACGAUCGACAAAUAUGGCCCAAUUUUUAGAACGUGGAGUAAUCGCAUCCCUGAGGUUCAUUUUACGGAACCCGAACACAUGGAAAUCGUUUUAAAAAGCUCAAAAU